AAAAAAGAAGUAUAGGUGACGAGGAGCAUGCUGGGAAAUAGCAAACAUGGCGACCUCUGGUGAGUUAGCCGGCAAAGCUACUUCUGCCUCAGAAGUGGAUGUUUUAUUGCACCCUGAGCUGCUAUCUCAGGAUUUUCUCCAGCUAAUCUUAAGUGAGAAAAAGGUCAGCUGCAGAGAUUGCAGCAGUCGCGACCAGCUCGUAGACCUCUAUAUACGACAUGUUAUCCCCCGGCCGCAGCGGACGUUGCCCAACAACCGCUGGGGAAAGAGGAUGGCGAAAGGCCGAGGGAAGCUGACACCGCCCGGCGUGCAAGCAAACAGGGAUCACAUUAAUUCCUCUGGAUCACUAAAACUGAAGAAAGCAGAGACCGCCACAGUGUCACCUGGAGUCAUCGACAGACUAAAACCUCCCCCGGCUGUUAACUUGUCCAACCCCAUUCGUAAACUCUCUCUUUCAUCAUCAUCAUCACCAUCAUCAUCAUCUUCGCCUUCCAACCACACCUCUUCACGCAGCACUGACACAACAAGCCACAAACGGGAGGCGAACAGCUCGGGUGUUCUGAAGUCUCCAGAGGUGAAGAAAAAGAUCCAGCAUGUGACUUGGCCGUGACAUGUCAAUAAAGAAACAGAAAGUGCAUCAAUCCUUUCAAAAUGAACAUUGUUGUGCUCCCAUCCUCACUCACUCACUCCUGGCAUAAAAUAAAAUGUUGUACUCAACAAGCGUUUAUUAGUUGUUAAUGUAGCUGUUUACAAUAAUACACUUUUACUUGUGUAUUAUCUUUUUUUAGAAACCUGAUUACUUGAUUUAUCGUGUUAAUAUAUUUCAACCUCAGUGAGGUUAAGUGUGUUUUAUAAGUAGUUCACAUAGUAUUGCCGUUUAAUUAUCUCAGCUAAAUACCAUGAACUUUGAAGGUUGGCGCCUGCUUUUGAUUGUUUUUGUGGACUUUUGACAUCACCCCCUUUUCAAAAUCAGAGUUGCCAAUGUUGUAUUUGUACCAACAGCAUUUAUACAUAAAGUGUG